UAUGACUAGUUUUCCUCUACAUCACUGAAUCAAGAAAAUUUAAACCUAAUAUCACAUAAUUGAAAAGAAAAAUGGAUGAUUACAAGAUUUUGCGCCAACUGGGCUCAGGGUCUUAUGGCUCAGCUCAUCUAGCGGUGCAUGUCCCAUCAGGAACAAAAUGUGUUGUUAAAGAAAUUAAGAUAUCUCACAUGACACCCAAGGAGCUCCUGGAAGCCAGGCGUGAAGUUGAGGUACUCUCCAGUUUGUCCCACAUUUACAUAACCCAGUUUAGAUAUUCCUCAGAAGCUAAUGGGAAAUUAUAUAUAGCGAUGGACUAUUGUGGCGGAGGAGACCUGCACACUUUGAUAACCAAGCGCAAUGGAGUUCUUUUCCCAGAGGACAGAAUACUUGACUGGUUUGUGCAACUCUGUUUAGCUGUUAAGUACAUCCAUGACAGAAGAAUACUUCACCGUGACAUAAAGUCACAGAACAUAUUUUUAACAGAUGAAGGUAGAGUGAGACUUGGAGAUUUUGGGAUUGCAAAAGUCAUGAAUAGUACAUCAGACCUGGCAAGGACAUGCAUUGGUACUCCAUAUUACCUUUCACCUGAAAUGUGUGAAAACAAGCCCUACAAUAAUAAAAGUGAUAUCUGGGCUCUUGGUUGUGUAUUGUAUGAAAUGACAACAUUGAAACAUGCUUUUGAAGCCAGUAACAUGAAGGCACUUAUCCUAAAGAUUAUAAAGGGUGUCUACCAGCCAAUCCCUCCCAGAUACAGCCGUGAUUUACGCAUGCUUCAUACACAGAUUUUCCAGAGAGAACCACAGGCCAGACCUUCCAUUUCAGUUAUUCUUCGUAAACAUUUCAUCCUCAAGAGAGUGCCUCGUUUCAUCUCAGGAUGUGAAGAGGAGGAUUUGAUGGCUUCUCUGAUGAAACGGAAAAUGUCACUGCCUGCUUCAGUACGCAGAGUUCCAGUUGUCAAGCGCCCCAAAGAUGUUACUGAUCCAUCAGCAAAGUAUGGAAGUAGCAUGAGUGUGAAUAAGAGAGCACCAAAUUUUUCCCCAGCAAAGACAGGAGGAAAAAAUACCCCAGGAGUCUCAGGAGCAGUUAGAAAAUACCCUGCCUCUUCCAAUAUGAGGGUAGACAACUUGAAAAGAGGACAUAGAGUGAAGUGCCCCAGUGAAGACAGCAAGCAAUCUCCUGAACAGAAAAGUGUCCAGAAGAGAUCCAAGUCAGUUCCCAGAGUCUUCAAGCAAAGCAUACAAAAAUCAAGUGUUCAGUGUUCUAAGAAAAAGAAACAGCCUUCGCCUUUAAAGCUAAAGCUGAUGUUAAACAGUGCUGGAUUUAAGAAUAAUGUAGAAAAGAUGGGUACUCUGAAGUCAGGAGAAAGGCCUAAUGAAAGUUCAAGGCAGAGUUUGCAAAAUUCUUUUGAAAUGUCUGCAUCUUCUCAUCCACAACCACAGAGUGAAGAUAGAAAAUUAGAUAUUGUGUCCUCAAAUACUGCAUUAUCAGGGGAUAAUACAGACUCAGAUAGCAUUGAAGGAGCAGCUGCUAGCAAAGUUGAUGAAGUACUAAAGAAAAUAAGGAAUGGCAAAAUCUUGACUGAGAAAGAGGUGAAACAAAAGUUUAGUGUUCGGAGUGACAACAGCCACCAGACCUGUGAAGCAAGUUGCAAAGAUAAUGAUGCAUAUAUAAAAGCAGGUGAAGAGAAACAAGAAAAAACUCAGAAGGAGGUGAAAGAACUAACUAAUAAAACCCUCAAGCAACAGAGUGAGCAUGGCAGUGAUGAGGAUGAGGAAGAGUUUGCUUUGGAUGUGCCAGCAGAGGAAGUGAGACGCCUUGUGCAGGAAAAAAUGCAGAAAUUGGUGCAGGCAAGAGCACAGAAAAUGAAUAAAAUGAUUCGAGAGCGUCGCCAGUGGGCAUAUCAAAGGGAAAAGUUGAUAUCGUCUUUAAAGAGUGAAAAUGAAGACCCUGAAUCAUUAUCAUCUGCUGAUGGUUAUAGACCAUCAAGUGGAAGUGACUUUGACUUGAAUGAACAGCUAAAAACCUCUCAAGAGGACCAUGAUGAAAGAAAGAAGGAUCAGUCAGAUGCAAAUACAUAUAAUAAAGAGUCCAAUGGAGAAAAGGAAGAAGAAGCACCAGAAAAGCAUGCACUAGAAACAGAUACUCAAGAUGAGAAAUCUAAGGAAGAGCUAAUAAACACAGUUGUUAAAAGAAAAGUAGAACCAGACUUUGAUAAAGAAAAGGAGAUCUCUCUUGAUGACAUUGAAGUUACAGUCAUGAAUGAAAAGACUGUUGAUGUUGCUUCUACUGCCAAGGAGGAAACAAUAGAGAAUAAACCUGCAACAGGAGUAGAAAAUGAAAGUACAGUGCCGAAAACCAGACUGCAGCCUGAAGAAAUAAAAAAGACUAUGCCAGAUGACGAAUUUCAAGGUGUUAAAAAAGUGACAGAUUCUCAGCAACCAGGUCUCACAUCACCCAAAUCAGGGCAUGGAACACCAAACAGACGUGCAAGAUGGGGCAGCAUUAGGACUGCUGGACUUGAAAAUUCUCCUUUAGAAUCAACCGGCUCUGAAAUGGAAAGCACUUCCUCACAGGACAUGGUUGUGGUGUUUACAAAAGUCUCGGAACGUAAACAGUGGGAAAAGGGCUGCAAAGAUAUAGUGAAUGUGCUUGCAGAAGCUCAGAUUAUUGACAGUCCCAUUUGUCAGAAAGUAAAGAAGAAUGUGGCGGUAGUAUCAAGUACAAAAGAAAGUGCAAAUGUUAAAGAAAAAAUUAACUUUGAUGACAUUGCACAAAAUGAAUCCAAAAAGCCAAAUGUAAUGGGUUCUACUUAUACUGUGUGUUUGGAUGCUGCAUUAAGUAAAGCUGGAGAUACACCAGAAAAAACAGUGACUGCGUUAAACGAGAUUCCACAGUUCAUGAAAGAGGAGACUGCAGCAAAUGUGAAUAACAAUUUAAACAGUACAUUUACAGUAGAAAAGGAUAAAAGAAAGGUUACAGAUGAUGUGGAUGCAAUUAUCACUAAAAAUAUUACUCUGACACCUCAGGCUGUUGAAACAAACAAGGAGAAAUUAAGUGGCACUUAUGUUUUAGAAAGUACUCCUGUUUCAAAGUCAGUUAUUAAUCAUCAUAGUGAAAUUAACGAGAACUUAGAUUGCAAACUAGCUGUUGGAGAUAAAGGAUUAAAUAAAGAUGGUACAUAUGAACUAGAGAAGAAGUUAAAACCACUGCCUGUGUCACAGAGUGAAAAAUAUGAAGUGACAGUGCCAGUUGAUACAGAAGUAAAUGCCAAACCUUCCAUGGUGCUGUCAAAAGGAGGUACUGGCAAGAAGAUGAGGGGUGGACUCUUAGGGAUGCUGCGCUCUCACAUGUCACCCAAGCCAAGGAAGAGGUUGUCAUCUCGCACCUCAAGUGAUUCAAACAUUUCUGAAAGUAGCAGCCAAGGAGAUCUAGAGAGGAAAACAGUUCCUGCUAAUACCAAAGGUAGUGUAGAUGAUAAUUCAAGUAAAACUAUGAAAUUGAAGACUGGCAUUGUGGGAAUUUUGCGAAGGCUUUCCUCUAAGCAUGAAGACCUCAAAGCUCCAAGUAAAGUUGCCUUAGGUAGUACAAUUGUAAUGAACUCAAAACUGGAGAAGGCGGAAAUCAAGGAUAUUGGAAAACAGCAAGAAAUGAAGGAAGAUAAACCUGGGACUGUAAUGGACCUAAGCAAAGAACAGAUACAAAGAGAAGAAUCCAUGGCAUCAACUGCAACUACAGAUAAUGCAAAGGAGUUGAUUGAGGGAGAUCAUGAUAAAGAUACCAAAGAAAAUGCUGAUAAUGAUGAGCAGUUAUUAACCCCCAAGAAUGUAACCCUUGAUAGUGAUGAGAGCUUUUUCACCACAUUUGCAGAUAGUCCAGAGAGGGAAACCUUUAGCACUCCAAGGCAUGACUCAGUUGAAAGGACACAGAACAAGUACAUGAAGGCUCUGUAUCUGAAGGACAUAAAAACUGACUCCGAUGUGAAGGAGGUAACAAAGGAUGUUGAAGCUUUUUUCUGUACUGCCUUAGAAACAAAGGAUGAACUUAAUGCUGGGAUGAAACUUCUUGAGAGUACAAGUGAUUUUCUUCCUAUUACAAAUCCCAGUGACGUAUCUUUUGACAGUGGGGUAGAUACACAGAAAACGAGCUUCACUUGUCAAACAGCCAAUAAUAUUGGCAAUGACUCAUCUCCUUUUAACUUCAAUGAUUCCUGUGAAUUUAGUCAGUGCUCUGGUCUCUCAGAAACUUCCAAAGAAAGACAAAAUAUCUCAAAGGACACUGAUAAUCAUGAACUUCAAGGUCGGAAGACAUGUGAAAUGGUAGCAGAGAGCAAAGGAGAGGAGGACGAUGCAAAAAAUAAUGAAAAUGAUAAGCCUGUUACCUGUGACACUCAUGAGGAGUCUCAGCAGAGUGCAGCUUGUAUAGCUCAUUCAUUAGUAAAUGAUAUUAUUGAAAUUGCGAGACAAAGGCUUGCACAAACAAAAGAGACAGGGACACUCAUUACAGAAGAUAGUAGUAGUAUUUCUCAUUCAUUAAGUGAUAAAGAUGAAAGUGCUAUGAUGGCAUCCAUUAAGAAUAAAGUUCAUGAAAUAUUAAUGAAGGAAAGUCCAAAACACACAAGUAAUGGGAAUGAGAAGGAAGCAAAGGAAGGGGGGACUCAGCUAAUGCCAGCUUACACAGCCAUCCAGAAAAAUGAAGAGAAAGAACAAAAGGCUAUUGAUACAAAUGUUGUUAUCUCACACGCAAUGAUUCAAGAAGUGGAGUCAACAAUAUUGGAAGUUUUACCACCCAAGAAGAAAGAGAAAGAAGUAACUGUAAGUGAAAAGGAAGACAAACAGCCAGUUACUCAUUCUGUUAGGAAAAGGCCAUCAACACUGCCAAACAUCCGAAGUAUCCCAGAUAUCUCGGACAUUCCCCUCUUUUCGUCCUUCAAUUUUGCGAAAGAUGUUCGUGAGGAAAGAAGGCCAAGCUUUAAAAGUUCGAGAAGAACAAGCAAAGAAGUCUGCAAGUGUAGGUGUUGGGGGGAGGAUUUCCAAGCCAGGAGUGAGUUAAACAGACUAGCCCGCCAGUGCUCUCACCAGAAUGAGGAGACCCUAGAAUGCAACACUUCAGAUGAAGAAAUGGAGGAUAUGGCUAACCUGCGCGAAUCCAUGGAGCUGAUCCUUUCCGCAGGAGAAGAGAGUAAAGAGCUGGGAAAUCCAUUAGCUACAUUGUCUGUAGCUCAUUCAGAAGUUUGGCAUUUAGAUUCUGAUGGUGCUGUUGUAUCUGGCGGAGGUGGUGUUUAUGGAUGGAUUGAGGAGAAACGAGCUAGAUUGGAGGACUUGCUGGGAAUGGAACUUUUCAUGAAAGCAUACCACCAUCUAGACUCGGCCCAAGAACACGAGGGAUGUGUCGUUGGUGAAUCUGUGAGCCAAGUAGAAGAGAUGCUGGGACCACAAUACGCUCACUUGGCCCAUGAUGUCCUACAGCUUGUGAUUGCAGAUGCCGUCUAUCAUAACUGAUGAAGGAAUUUUGGACGGUCCGUGCAUGUGCUGUGAGACUUUAUGUCAGUUAUUUAUAUUUAUUAGCAGUAAGAGCCAGAUGGUAUUUCCAUUAGCACAAUCAUUUGCCCAUAUUCUUGCUUUUAAAAGGCAGGAGAAGGCAGCAGUUUGAUAGAUUAUAGAUAAAAGGGUUACAAGGCUGCUAAUUUUAUGUAUGAAAUAUGUACAAUAAGUGAUAUUAUUAUAUUGAUUAUGAUAAUGACAUGGUAAUGAUAUACAAUACAUUGUUAUUCUCAUUAUUUUUUUAAUGCACAGUGAAGAAAAUUUGACAUGUUACAGGUGCCAGAAAAAUGUAUAAAAAACAAACUAACUAAAGAAUGUGUUGUUUUACAUUUUUGACAGUGCUAUAGUCAGAGACAUGAUCUCAGGAAUACAGAUUGACUUUGUCUUUUUAUUUGGAAAAUGUUUAGUUUCUUUGUCAUCUAUGCAUAAACUUUAACUACAUGUAUAUUAUGUUUUGCAUAUAACUCGGGUUAAAUGUUGCUAUGUUUCAUAGCUUAAAUUGAUCUUUACUCCUUGUGUUGUUAUGAUUUUUGCAAUGCAGAUUACAAGUUUUACAUAAUUUUUCAGAUGGAUAGAGUGUCUAUUUUCUCAGUAGAAAUACAGCUUAAUUUUUCAUUAUAUUUAUGAAGUAUAGUAUUUCUUUUUUGUUUGUAAUACAUUUUUCUUUCCUUUUCCCUUCAUCAUUUUUUUUGUUCAUCUUUUCCUUUUAUCAUUUUUUUGUUCAUCAGUGCAUGCUUUCUAGUUCAAUAUACUACAUGGUUCUGUCUAGUCAGUAGUAGAUAUUAUGAUAUAUAACAAAGUUCUGUGUUGUAGUAAGCUUUUGGGUCUCAUUUCUUGAAUCUCCUGCUUAUUCUAUUUCUUUUAUAGUUUUGGAAGAAUGUGUCAAAAGUUUAUUAUUGCUUAUGAUGAUAAUUUAUGUGUUCAUUUGAAGACUUUUCAUGUGAUGUAUUUUUGUAAGGUUUAUCCUAUUAUUUCAGUGUUUUUAAGCACUCCAUUUGCUAAACAGAGCUUACUGUGAGCUUGUCUGUUAUAGAUGAAAGAUAGUGAUUAUUAAACAUUACAUCUUGUUAACUGUGUGAAUGUCGGUUGUAUAUUACCCCCAAAAAAUGGUACAUGGGAUCAGGUUAAGCUUGAGCACACGGUGUUGGCUUGCAUCAAAGCUUCCAUACUCACUGGGUAAUGCCAUAGUGCUGUUAAUGCUGCUAUAACGUAAGGAAAGCACAGAGGCCAAAGACAAUAAUCUCUAGUCAUAAAGGCAGCUUCAAUGGAAGUUGUGUGUCAUGUGAUGAUUUUAAAUCAUUGACUUAGAAUUUCAUUUUGUAGCUUUCAUAUAUUCCAGUAUUUUUUAGACAUCCAUGUACUCUUCUAAGGAUCAGUAUCAUCAGUUUGCAUUUUCAUUGUAGUAUUUAGUAUAUCAUUUGUAAUAUAAUGAAAGGACUUUCGAUAUGUGACAAUAUGAAGAAUGGGAGUAUAUUGUGAAUUACUUUAUAUUGGCUGUAUUCUUCUCUCCUUUUCUCUUUUUUCUUGAUCUUUCUGUUUCUGAUUCCCAUUUUGCAUAAUUUUUUUCUUGAUUUAUUCACACCUUUUUAUCUCUCCCUCUCUCAAUUCACUGUCUCUCCCUCUUGUCCACUAUCUUUCUCCCAUGGUGUUUUUCAUGAUAGUGUAAUUUUUAUUCAGAUUUCAAUGUCAUAUAACCUUAAUUGCAAUAAAGUAUGUAAAAUAACUUUUAUUAGUAUUUGGUAUGAUAUACGUCUUCUCUCAAGAUUCAGUGUAAUCCAUGAUUUUUGUCAGGUUCUGGUAGGUAAGGUAUUUCAUACCUGGGAAAUGGAAACUUGUUCCCAUUUUCUUGUGCUAUUUUGACUUUUGAACAGCCUUCAUGUUCUUGUUGUUUGAUAAUCUCCACUCUUUGGCUUCCUCUUAGGCUGGUUUGGUUGUUCCACAAGAUGUGCUCAACCAGUAUUUCUCUUUAUUCCUUUACCCAAAACAUGUUGGCUUCCAAACCAAAAAGGAAAAUGUAGGGAUCAGAGUUGUAUUUUAUCUUGUGUUGAUGUGCUGAGUGUUGCUUGUUUACUCAGGUAUAUAUCGUUGUAAUGUGAGGCCAUGACAUAUGUAUCCAGGAAUGAAGAAGAGUUAGAAAAGAAAUUUAGUGUAAUUUAUAGCCAAAUAACAUUUAAACAUAGUUUUCCAUUAGCUUAUAUAAUUGUUUGACACAUGCAGGGUUUUUUAUAUGAUGUUUUUAAAGCUACAAGAUAUUAAUGAAUGUGAUGUGUUCCACUGAUCUCCAUUAUUUUGAAAUUUUUUAGAUUUUGUUUAAGAUGAUCAAUCUAUGAUGUAUCUUUUUCCUAAACACAGUGUGUAUAAAUAAAUAAAAUAAACAAAUCUAAUACAAGAGAUUUUUUACAACAAUCAGAGAGUUAUUAAUAUUUGUUUCAGGUUUUUAUUUCUGUGCAAGUGAAUAAAGAUUUUAAGCUUGUGUAAAA